AUGAGCGGUGUGCACGUUCCGGUGGGCCAUCCACCCGUGGUUUUCUGCACGCCGGGAAACAGGGACUUAUGUGAGAAGAUUGUGAUGCACCUGAGCUGGAGCAUUGGCAAGGCGAGAUUCCGCACCUUUGCAAACGGGGAGAUCUCGGUGAAGUUGGAGCAGUCGGUGUCCAACUACGACGUCUUCGUGGUUUGCGCUCGGGAUGACUUCGAGUGUGAGAUCAACUUCAUGCUGAUGCAGCUGCUGAUCAUGCUGGACGCUCUCAAGUCUGAGUCCCCACACCGCAUCACCGUGGUGCUGCCUUGCGUGGAGUACGCGCGCCAGGACCGCAAGUUUGAGGCCGGCGAGGCCAUCGCUCCCAAGCUGCUGCUCCACCUCAUGGCGACGGCUGGGGCGGACCGCUUUGUGACAAUCGACCUGCACAACCAGGCGGAGGCGGGCUUUAGCCCGGCGCAGGCGGCCUUAGAUGAACUCACCUGCGAGCCGGGGUUCCGUGUCCAAUCGGGGCUCCUCCAGAAGAUGGACAGGAAGGCCACGGGCGCCACAGAUUUGUCCAAGGCCAUUGAGGCGGUGUCCGCCAGCAUGUUCAAGAUCAAGGAGCUCAAGGGCCGCGAGAUCUUGGACUCCCGGGGCAACCCCACGGUGGAGGUGGACCUCACCACGGAGGGGGGUUUGACGGUCACGGCGGCGGUGCCCUCCGGGGCCUCCACGGGCAUCCACGAGGCCUGCGAGCUCCGGGACGGCGACAAGGCCCGGUACCUCGGCAAGGGCGUGCUCAAGGCGGUGGAGUCGGUGAAUACCACGCUGAACUCCGCGCUGAAAGGCUUUGAUGUGUCGAAGCAGAAGGAGCUGGACGACAAGAUGAUCGCUUUGGACGGGUCGGCCAACAAGAGCAACCUCGGCGCCAACGCCAUCCUCGGGGUGUCCAUGGCGGCGGCCAAGGCGGCGGCCAAGGCCAAGGGGGUGCCUCUGUACCAGCACUUUGCGGACCUCGCGGGCAACGGCGCCAAGCUCACGCUGCCGGUGCCCUGCUUCAACGUCAUCAACGGGGGCUCCCACGCUGGGAACAAGUUGGCCUUCCAGGAGUACUUCAUCAUCCCGGUGGGCGCCUCUUCCUUCAAAGAGGCCAUGCGCAUCGGUGCUGAGUGCUACCACACGCUGAAGGGCAUCAUCAAGAAGAAGUUCGGAGGCGACGCCACGCUCAUCGGCGACGAGGGAGGCUUCGCCCCCCCCUGCGACGCUCGCCAAGGCGUGGAGCUGAUUAUGGAAGCCAUCGAGAAGGCAGGCUACAAGGACAAGUGCAAGAUCGGCAUGGACGUGGCGGCGUCCGAGUUCAAGGUGGAGGGCGCCGACUGCUAUGACCUGGGCACUUGGUACCCGGAUGCCGAGAAGACCCCGGACCUGAAGAUGUCGGGCGAGAAACUCGCGGAUUUCUACGCCGACCUGUGCAAGAACUACCCGCUGAUCACCAUCGAGGAUCCUUUUGACCAGGACGAUUGGGCGGCAUGGACCACAUUCACCAGCAAGGUGGGUGGACCUACCCAGGUGGUUGGAGACGACCUCACAGUCACCAACGUGUCCCGCGUGAAGAAGGCCAUUGACGACAAGGCCUGCAACGCCCUGCUGCUGAAGGUGAACCAGAUCGGCACCGUGUCAGAGUCUAUCGAGGCAGUGAAGCUCUGUAAGAGCAACGGCUGGGGGGUGAUGUGCUCCCACCGCUCCGGCGAGACUGAGGACACUACUAUUGCGGACCUGGCAGUGGGCCUUUGCACGGGGCAAAUCAAGACCGGGGCGCCCUGCCGCUCUGACCGCAACGCCAAGUACAACCAGCUCAUGCGCAUCGAGGAGGAGCUGGGUGACAAGUGUGCCUAUGCAGGUGAGACUUGGCGUAAGCCGGUGUGGAUGUCUUAA